UCUUCGCCGCGGCGGCCAUCAAAGGAUGGGUGGUGAAGCAAAUGGAUAUAGUAACGGCCUUCCUCAACGGCGUUUUGGAGGAAGAAACCUACAUGGAGCAGCCAGAGGGGUACAAUGAUGGGAAACCAGAGGACAUGACAAGUGUGGGAGGCUUCAUCUGCUGUGUUGUUGGAGGGCCAACAGCUUGGGAGAGCAAGAAGCAAGUGGACCAAGCAUUGAGCUCGGUGGAGUCCGAGUACAUGGCACUCUUCCGUGCCAUAAGAGAGGCUCCAGCUGAUAUGAUGACCAAGAGGCUGGUUGAGCAGCAGCAUUGGAAGUAUUGCAAGCUUGCUGGGAUGGCUCUGAACUAAGGGGAGCAGAUUCUAAGGCCAACAAUCCGA